UUGCAGCAGAGCCCAGCCCGCGGCACUCCGCGCCCCACCUCCCGCCUGCCUGCCGCAGCGGCGCCAGUCCUCCUGCCUCCCCGGAGAGAGAGGGAGAGAGACCCCCGCCUCUCCACCCUCACCGCCUCGGGCCGUGGCUUCACGGAACACCCGCCCCCCUCCGCACUGAAAUAAUUAAAGAAAAAGAGAAGAAGAAGAAGAAACCCAGCGAGGAAGAAGAGCCUUGACGCCGGAGCUGUGCGAUCUUUGCAGGAGCGGACACCAUUUUGUGGCUAGCGGCAGCCUGACUUGCUGCAUGCGGAGGAGAGGUGGGCAGCCAAAAGGGGAACCUGUUGGGCGUCGCGAUCGGGAAGUCGCCCAGCUGCGGCACUUCUUCGCCCUGGAAUUGGGGGUUGUAGCAGCGUCCCUGGGAAUCGGAUCGUGCGCGGCAGCGGCAGCCUUGGGAAGAGGAGGAGGAGGGAAUUCGCAGGUUGUGCAGCAGCAGCAACCGCAACGUCGGCAGCAGCACCAGCAGCAGGCGGCGAAGGGGAAUUGGACCUUGCGCAUCCCCAUUCCUGGGUGGAGGCGAAGGAGAUUUGCACCUUUGCGUCAACGGCACGAAGAGAAAAGCAUUUGGACCUUUGCAACAGCAGCGUCCCUGACAGGAGGAGGAGGAGGUGAAAGCUUGCUUGCAUAUAUAUAGAUUACAUAUAUAUAUACAUACACGUACAUAUUUCCCCCCCUUGCAGGGCAGGAGCAUGUUGGUUUCGAUGCAGCUCCCCUUCCCUCCUGUCCACUGAUCCCAGGCUUGGUGGGGCGAUGAUGGAUACUUGCCCGCUUGUUCUCACUUCCCACAAAAGUAAGCCCGCUGUCAAUGGAGGAGGACAUUGAUACCCGCAAGAUAAACAACAGUUUCCUGCGCGAUCACAGCUAUGCAACAGAAGCUGACAUUAUCUCUACAGUAGAAUUCAACCACACAGGAGAAUUACUAGCGACAGGGGACAAGGGGGGUCGCGUUGUAAUAUUUCAGCGUGAGCAGGAGAGCAAAAAUCAGCCCCAUCGCAGGGGAGAAUAUAAUGUUUACAGCACAUUCCAGAGCCAUGAACCUGAGUUCGAUUACCUGAAGAGCUUAGAGAUAGAGGAGAAGAUCAAUAAAAUACGAUGGCUCCCGCAGCAAAAUGCAGCCUACUUCCUUCUCUCUACCAAUGAUAAAACUGUGAAGCUAUGGAAAGUGAGUGAACGCGACAAAAGACCAGAGGGCUACAAUCUCAAAGAUGAAGAUGGACGGCUCCGAGACCCCUCCACAAUUACCACACUACGGGUACCCGUGCUAAGGCCCAUGGAUUUAAUGGUGGAGGCAACUCCCAGGAGAGUAUUCGCAAAUGCACACACAUAUCACAUCAACUCCAUAUCUGUGAACAGUGACUAUGAAACUUACAUGUCAGCGGAUGACUUGAGGAUAAACUUAUGGAACUUUGAAAUAACCAAUCAAAGUUUUAAUAUUGUAGAUAUAAAACCAGCAAACAUGGAGGAGCUGACAGAAGUGAUUACGGCUGCAGAAUUCCAUCCGCACCACUGCAACACCUUUGUCUACAGCAGCAGCAAGGGGACAAUAAGACUGUGCGACAUGCGAGCAUCCGCCCUGUGUGACAGGCACUCCAAAUUUUUUGAAGAGCCCGAAGACCCAAGUAACAGGUCGUUUUUUUCUGAGAUCAUCUCUUCAAUUUCUGAUGUUAAGUUCAGUCACAGCGGGAGGUACAUCAUGACCAGGGACUAUCUCACUGUCAAGGUGUGGGACCUCAACAUGGAGAACAGACCUAUUGAAACAUACCAGGUUCAUGAUUACCUCCGCAGCAAGCUGUGUUCCCUCUACGAGAACGAUUGCAUUUUUGAUAAAUUUGAAUGUGUGUGGAAUGGGUCUGACAGUGUCAUCAUGACCGGCUCCUACAACAAUUUCUUCAGAAUGUUUGAUCGCAACACCAAGCGUGAUGUGACCCUGGAAGCCUCACGGGAAAACAGCAAACCCCGUGCCAUCCUGAAACCCCGCAAAGUUUGUGUAGGGGGCAAACGGAGAAAAGAUGAAAUUAGUGUGGACAGUCUGGACUUUAGCAAGAAGAUCCUGCAUACAGCUUGGCAUCCUUCAGAAAAUAUCAUAGCAGUGGCAGCGACAAAUAACCUGUAUAUAUUUCAGGACAAGGUUAACUAGGAAGGGGCGGGGAAGAUGUUCCUUAGGAAUCUUACGUACUGGAUACUAACUAGCAAACACAAGUUUUAAAAUGUUUCUUCCGUUUAAUUUUUUCCCUUCUCCUCCUUAUUUGUUUUGUUAUUCCUCCGCAGACAUUAGUUAUGUAGAGGCAAGCACUCAGAUUCCAGUGUCUAUUGCUUUCCCCCAAACCUUAAGAAAUUGGGUUGGCAAAGCCCAUUAGGAACAUUUGACUUCCAAGUAUUGAGACCUACAAAAUGACACCAUUAAUUCAACAGCAAGCUUGAAUUAUUUGUGAUUUAUUUUUUCCCAGUACUCAGUAGUAGCUUUUAGUUUCUUUAAAAAUAUUGUUCUAGACAUCUGCCAAUUUAUACAGAAGUUAAGACUAUAGUAAUAUAUUUACAAAAAAAAUGCAAGCAAGGCCAUAAAAUACAAUGAUGUAUUACUGUAUCUAAAGAUUAAGUUAUCCAGGUUCAAUUUUGGAGAUCUUUGGGUUUUACAGCCAUACCCAAACAGGAAUUCAGUUUCCUUUGCUGGUUCAUUUCUCCCCUCUAAUUGUCCUUUCCCCUUUUUAAAGAUGGCAUUUACCUUUUAUCAACUCAGGGCCUUUCCAGAUUUUCAUUUAUUGUGUAUAUUUGUCACACAAUAAAUGUUUUGCUGUAACAGUUGUUAUGAGAGGUACAAAUGUACUUUUGCCCAAGCUCUAAUGUAUUGCAAAACCACAAGAUUUUGCUUUGGGUGAAAUGCCAUUUCUGCUCCCCCACCCACCCACCCAGCCCUGUUCUCUCCAGCUAGAGGACUUGUUGCAUUUUUACGUGCCAUUUUAUGUUGCACAGGUGUCACAACCUCCUAUUGGCUGGUAUCUGACAUCUGUGGUGACUACCAUAACUAUGCCAUUAACUUAAUUUUUCCUAGGGUACAAUCCAGCAUAAUUAAAAAAAAUUGAGCACCAUUGAUCUCACAAGCACGUGUUUUAACUGCAAAAUAGACUGCAAAAGUGCUUGUGUGCUUAUGUUCGGCUGGAUCCGAGUGUUUGAGAUGCUGAAUCUCCCCCCCCUCUAUACCAUUCAUUAAAGCCACUGACCUCAUACAAAAAUUGUAUUUGUUCUUUGGCAAUGGCAAAGAGCAGCAAGUCCUAAGAUCUUGCUACCAACGCAUUACUCAUGACAGCAGUGUCUCAGCCUACAACCUUUGUGACAUUCCAUCAUCCUGCCCCCUCCGCCUUUAAAUUUAGUUUCAAUCAGUCCAUAGUUCUGAUUCAGUGCUAGAACACAAAUCCGCCCUCUUAAUUUUUCCCCCAGCUGAAAAAUAUGUGAAUUGCCCAGGCCCAGCCCACAGAAGCAUUGCUGUCCCACUUGCAAUAAGUCCACUUUGUCCUUCCAUCAUUGCAUGCGGACAUAAUGCUAGUGCUACUUUAAGGAUCACUAAGCCCUUUUUUGUUUUCUGGAAAGGCCUUCAGACAGAAGAAAAGCAAAGCCAAGACAGGAAAAACAGGUACACAGUACAGACAUUUUGACUCACCAUUCAUGACGAACCACGUGUGCUAUUGAGGGCUCUUACCCUUUUUCAUCACACCCCACAGAUGUCCUCAUAGGGAUUUGGCUGGAUUGAUCCUGUGGUGCCUUUUUGAUGGUAUACAAAAUACCUUACAAAACAAAAAAAUAAACCCAAUGCUUCCAAUAUGCAACUUUUUUUUUGCAUACCAAAACAAAUCUGAGCUUUCUUCUGCAAUUCCUGUGAGUUUAUUUUAUUUUUAAAUUUUUACCUUUGCUUUGGCUGAGAGAACUUUAAAAAAAAGUUCUCUUUCAAUCUCUUGCAUGACAUAAAUAUGUAUUUGUGUGUGGGAGGGAGGGUUCCUCCCUCUCCUUUUUAUUUUUAGUAGUGCGUGUUUAAAUAUUGUUUAUUUAUUUAUUUAUUCCAGUAGACAUUUGUUCUUUUUUCUCCUCCUUAUAAAAGAACGAACUCUUGAGUUGCUAAUUUAUGGAAUUUAAAUGAAACAAACACACACAGAAAAAUAGCCACCAACAUGUAUUGCUAUCCUCGCCUGGCUGCUUUCUAAGAGAGGUUGUCCAUGGUUCUGCAAUAUGAAGAUUAGCUACACUAGCUCUUCGUUUUUGCAUGGUAAACUAUCCUGUUCCACUACAAGGAUCUAAUCUAGGUCUUGCCUUUCUUGAACAAUUGAUUGGUUUGGGAGGGUGGGAUUUUUUUUUAUAAAACGAACAAACUACCAUAAUAAUAAAAACAAGUAAAUAAAAUUAUGACCAGAGAACAGACCCUACAAGAAAUAAAACCAAUGCUUUCUCUGACAAGGUGGCUAUCUGAAGAUCAAUGCGCUUCUUGUUUCCUCUGAUUGUGAAAAGUGGGGCAGUAGCUCCAUCCUUUGUGAUUGUUGCCAUGAAGCAUACAAGAAUUUCUAAACACCCUCUUGGGUAAAGGAUGCUUAAAAGCCCAGCCUUUUCCUGUGCCCAGCUGACCAUCUCUUACACCUUACGAGCAAGACUUUGCCUGCAGCUUUCUCAAGAGACAUCAAAAUACUACAAGGCUGCACAGAAGCCAGGGAGGGGACAUUGAUUUGAUAGUCCUGGGAGCAAGAGGAAGUUCAGAUAUUUGGAAUCAAGCUUUUUCAUUGUUAUUAAACUACUUAACUCCCUGCCUGCUCUUCACGAGACUGCUCAGGUCAGGGGCAAAUUUGAUGUUUUGCCUUGUUUAAAGGAAUGACUACAGGGGGGGAGUAUGCUGGCUUAUAAAUUUAUUACAAGUAAUGGCUUUCAGGAGUAACCUCUUUUUUAAAAAAAAACACAAAAUGAUAAAAAAAAAUAGCAGGAGUAAAUGAGUCAUUUUUCUUAAUAAAAAAGGGGCCAUUUUUUUAAAAGAAAAGCUGCACUCUGGUAUCAGAAGUAAAAUUGUCUCCAAGAUGUUCUGGUGUGGAGUUGCUAAUUUCCAAAUUCUGAGUGAGGAUCCCAACCCUAUGCCAUUGGCACUAAGGUCACCCAAUGGCAGACUCAAAGGGCUCAUUCACACAAAGAACAUUGUUUAGAAUUUGGAUUCUAGAAGAAUCUCUUGCUUCACUUUGGUCUCAUGUGUGUUCUAUGAGCAGAAAUUAAAGGUGACAGGUUUUAAGGGAACGGUUUCUUUGUUGGGUUAAUCAAAGAUCUGGUCCAGCAUUCAGCAGCUAACAGAUGCCCCUGAGGAGACUCUCAAAAAGGAAAGGCAAUGAAAAUAGUAUCCAUCCCCUGUCUGUCACCAGCCUUAGGUAUUCAGAAAUAUACCACCUCUGUACAGCGAGGUUAGAUGCUGGCAUAAAUGCUUACGGUUAUGAUCCAGCAAUGUCUUUGGAUGUAUGUACCAGGGUUUCAGAUCUCCCUUCUCUUGCUGCAUCAUAAAACACAACGGAAACACUCCUAAGAGUUUCAAUAAUAGCUUAUCAAACUGUGUGCACUGCAGUGCUCUUGUCAGAAUACUUACGGGAGCUGGAAAGCCCAUUGCAUGGAAAGAGCUCACAGUACCAUCCUAUGGUUUGCAUCCUUCAAGUAUAUCCUUGACGGUACUCGCUUCUAGCCAGGCUUUUGCACUGUGACCCACACCAAGUACUUCUGUGUUCAGGUUGUCUCCCAUCAUCUGUUUCCUGUCAAGGGUCCCCACAGAGCAUAGCGCACACAAGCAGUCAGUGACUAGGAAGACUCCAAGGAUAUGCAACCAUAGGCUGGGAAGGGAUGGUUUCCAUACGACUGUGGGCAUCAUAAUGCCAAAGAAUGUGAAGUUGCUUUCACACUCCUUUCUCCUUAUUGUCAUUCCAUGACAAUGCCCUGAUUUACAACCCAACUCCUUCCCGUGUGCCAGCUACACCAGAGCUUAACGUUGACAUUAAGAAAGUUCUUGUCAGACUAAAAGACAACUUUAAUCUGGCAUAGCUUUCUCAGUAGGUGGGACACUUCUAGCUGAGUAGAUCACACAUGUCAAAAGGUGCCCCCCCCUUCCUCUCAGGGCCAACACAUGCCUCACAGUGCUUAGGAUUGUUUCUGAGCCAUCUUUGCUGCCACUGCAUCACCCCACAUUCUGCUAAAGGUCUUCCUUUAAUAAUCAAUAGGGCUGUGCGGCAAUACUGAUGGCCACAGAGCUGGUUAGGGUGAGUGAGUUUUCAGUGGAACAGGAAGCAGGAAGGAAGAGACUUGGGUGGGAGGAGCCAAUGCUUGGAGACCAGACUGAAAGAGUUCACCUUUUGGAAGCCUGAAGGAAUAACUGAUGAAUCAAAGGGUCAGGGGAGUGUAGCCCAUGGAUCUGAGAGGGGCAUAAGUGCUCUGCCCCUGACGCGCUUAAAGCUGCAAGCAUUGUAUCCAGCUGCAUACCUACCCAUCCAAUAUAUGCGUAAUAGGCUAUUUUUUGUUUGCAGUUUCCAAUUGUAUUUGUCAUAUUACUGAAUGGACGAGCUGAUUUGUUGUAUGAGACAGACCAAACAGCUAUAACACUUCUUGAACUUUCAGAAGGGAACCAACCAUUUCUGUGGAGGAGAUUCAUCUGGAGAUUUUUCCAAGGUUUUAUAAUAUAGCGACUGGGUCAUGUGCUCCAACAGUAUGUUGGCAUCAAGCUCUGCUUAGAGAUGACCUGUUCAAAAGAGCCUGGUGGCUGCUUGGCUAGAGAGGCAAAGGGCAAAGAGAGAGAGAGAGAGGGAGAGGGAGAGAGAUUUCUCAUUCUGUCUGUCCUGGUGAUGUUCACUUCCGAAAAAUUAAGCUUUAUGACAAGAAACUCUGGCUCACCACCAUGGGCUUGGAUGGAUUUCAGAAUCCAAAAAUAAAUGAUAGCAGCAUUAAGGAGCUAGUUUGCUAAUUUCUUGAAUGCUUGCCUUAUUUUAGAAGAGCUACAGAGAUAUUCAAGAGGUGUAUUAUUAAGGAAGGACACCCUAUUGCUCUUACGGCUGUCUUAAGAUAAUGCAGUGCAUGAGAGAUGUGGCAUGAUUCAUUGUCGAAGGCAGCCUGCUGGAGUACCAUAAAGUGUGCCCAAGCCAUGACAGCUCACAAUCAAUAUUGUGUUCACUGAUGCAGGAAGCAACAUGAUCACAUCCUAGAUACUACCCCCACAGCCCAGCCUCAGCACUAAAUAUCUCCAAUAACAAGGCUAUGUGAAGUGACAAGGGCUAUUAUUUUUAACCCACAGUCUAAACCUCUCUGAAAAGCCGAGCUGCCAAAAAAUCUUCCAUUUGAGUUUUAUCAGGGGCAGCCUCCUCAGCCCCUUCAUAAUCCCGCAUUAGGAGUCAAGUGCUUGCCUAACGCAGCCAGGAUUGGCAGAUCUAUUUAGUUGGGUUGCCAUACAGCACGUUGGUUGAUGAGAGAGGUGAAAUGUGGGGUUUCUUUUAUGGUGUUUGUAAUCAUCUUCUAAAAGAUGGAACUUUGAUUUCAAUGUAUCAGGGAAAAUGUACUCUAAUAAAUGAAACCUUCUCCCAGCAUGGGUUUAUUAUUUUGGUCUUGGUGUCUGCAUUCUGAACAAAGGUCAUCUAUUACAGAAACUAUAACCUAGUCAUAAAAGACAAUCAACACAGAUUACUCCACACAGAAUCAAAGCUAAUCAAG